UAAUAUCGCAUUAAGAGAUAUGGGAUAUACUGAAUAUGAUUACAUUAAGAUGAUUACAAUGGAUAAGCCGGUGUCACCAAACCCACUAACUCAAGAUCCGAGUUCACCAGAGUUGAUGUUUUGUGGAUAUCUGUCGAGUGAAUGUCAAUCUAACCGUAUAACUAACCGAGUCGUUAACGGCAAUCUGGCUCAUGACUGUUCGUGGCCGUGGAUGGCCGCACUAUUGAUGGGUGACAUGAAUUUUCAAUAUUGCGGUGGAGUACUUAUUGAUAAACUACAUGUGCUGACAGCCGCACAUUGUGUGGACCCGAAUACUCAAGUAAAGAUACUGUUGGGUACACUUGAUCUACAUAAACGGCAUUCCGAUGCGCGUGAAUAUAUGAGCUCAAAGAUAACUGUUCACAACAAGUUUGAUUGGUCUACUAUGGAAAAUGAUAUCGCUUUAAUUGAAUUACAGGAAUCGGUUAGAUUCACACCGAGAACAUGGCCCAUAUGUUUGCCUAAACAAAACACUGACUAUACGGGCGAUAAGGCUUCAGUUGCCGGUUGGGGAAUAACCAGUGAAAAUGGCGACCCUAUUGAUCAAUUGCAAGAAGUGAAUGUUCCCGUUUGGGACAUUCAUGAGUGUCGUCGAGCCUAUAAUGACUCGUAUAUAUCGGACAGUAUGUUAUGUGCCGGUCAUGAGGAGGGCGGCAAAGAUUCGUGUCAGGGAGACUCUGGUGGUCCCAUCAUCUGGAGAAACAACUGUUGUGAACCCUAUCGUCUUAUUGGUAUAGUUUCGUGGGGUGAAGGUUGUGCCCGGCCUAACAAACCCGGUAUCUAUACACGUGUCGACAGUUUUAUUGAUUGGAUUAAGGAAAACAUCAUUUAA